UGGCGAUUGUCUUAUGAGGAAAUAUAACAGCCAUUUGGCUGAAGCCACUUCUUCCUUUCUUUUCCUUCUCGAAUCCUUUUCUCUCUAUUGAAUCCGCCGUUCACUCAAUCCUCACACACUUGUGUUCCUUUCUGUUGUUUGUGGAUUUGCUCAAUUUUGGUGGAAAUCAGGCUGUUUUCCCAACCGGGUAUUCGUGAUCUUGAGCUUUUGCUAUUGGGUUCUGGUUUUGAAAGCUUGGUUUGUCCUGGGUUGUGAUUAAUCUCUCCUUCAACGGUCAAGAACCGUAUUUUACUUUCUGGGUGUUUUAUUUAUGGUGUGUGCUUGUUCCUUGCGAGGUGAAGCUGUUAGUUUUCUAGGGAAAGAGCGAUUUUGGUGGUUGCUAUUGUGGGAUUGUCAUGGGAUCUUUUGAUUACUUUCCAGCCGAGUAAAGUUUUGUAGUUGGAGACCGUGUUGGUGUUGAAUUUUGAUUUAGAAAGCGAAAAGAGGAGAUGAAGAGAGGUAAAGAUGAUGAGAAGAUUAUGGGGCCUAUGUUCCCAAUACUUCAUGUAAAUGAUAAAGAUAAAGGAGGACCCAGAGCACCUCCAAGGAACAAGAUGGCCCUCUAUGAGCAGGUCAGUAUUCCUUCUCGGAGGUUCAAUCCCAGUGUCUUGCCUCUUAACCCAAGUAACACGAGCAACUUGGUUCCUCCUGGGUCUUAUAGCCAGGGAGGUGGCCAGGAAAGAAAUUUGCUUUUCCCAUUUCAUGUACACACUUCAACGCCUACGAAUAUGGUCGAGAACUUUCAUCCUUACCAGAUUAGUGGAGGCAAUUUGAACCCUCCAUCAUCCCAACUUGGGCAGAAAAAGAGAGUAGGUGAUGAAAAUGAUUUUAGGGUCCCUGUAUUUGUUAAUUCUGGAAUGGAUCAAUGCAAUAAUAAAACUCAGAACAGCUCUGAUAGGGAAAAACACACUCCCUUCACCACAAGUUAUUCAAGUAGUUCAGUGAAAUUCCAAAAUGCUUGUGUUAAGGAUCCAAAAAGAGUUAACUUAGCAGGUCCAAGUUUGAGACAAGAGGAGAAAAACAAGAGUGAUCAGAACCCUGAAGUGUGCAUCUCAAGUAGGGAUCAUUCAGUAAAAUCUGCCACAAAUUUACCAAUUAGAGAAAUAGCUGAUGGAAAUGUGUAUGAAGCAAAUUUAUCUCCAAAUCAAGAAUAUCGAGACCAUCGUUUGGCCAAUUUUGGCAGAUAUGUUGCUAAUGGAGAUUGUUUACAAGGAGAGUCUAGAGCUGUGUUGCAGUGGCAUGACAGUGGACAUGGUGAUGAGGUUAUUGAGAGUGCAAGGUACUUGGAGCGUGCUGAUGUUUCCCAGCCAAGAAGCUGCUUUCAUUCGAGGGAACCUCACUACAACAGCGAAUCUGAUGGAGACAAAGCACGUGGACUGCCACAAUUGAGAAACGGAGAUAAAAGUGAUGAUACUUCUGAAACAUCAAUGGUGGAUUCUAUGUCAAGCUUGGAUAUCUCUCCUGAUGAUGUUGUGGGAAUAAUUGGUCAGAAACACUUCUGGAAAGCAAGAAGAGCAAUUGUCAAUCAACAAAGGAUGUUUGCUGUUCAAGUGUUUGAGUUGCAUAGACUGAUAAAGGUUCAACGAUUAAUCGCUGCAUCACCUGAUUCUUUAUCCGAUGGAACUUAUCGUGUGAAAUCUUCUGUGAAGUCCUAUCCUGCAGCAAAACUUCCGAUAGAGUAUGUUGUUACACCAUCACCACGUGUUCAGAGCAAGGUUGAUAUCGAGAAGCCAAACCAUAACAUGGAACAUUCUGCGGAAAACGUAGUUGAAAAGACAUCCCUAUGUCAACCUUUGAAUUUUGGCCCACCACAGGUACCAGUAGCCACUGAUACCAAAACGGCUCCUUGGUGUUUCCAUCCACCUCCUGGGCAUCAAUGGUUAGUUCCUGUGAUGUUGCCUUCGGAAGGACUGGUAUACAAACCAUAUCCCGCGCCUGGAUUCAUGGGAAAUGCUGGUGGUGGAAAUGGUCCUUUUGGUCCUACUACUUUACCAGGCAACCUUGUGAAUCCCUCGUCUAGUAUUCCAACCUCUUAUCAUCACCAUCAAGGGUUUGGGGUUCUGCCAGGCAUCCCUACAGUUGGUCAGAAUUUCUUCCCUCCAUAUGGCAUGCCAGUUAUCAAUCCAGCUAUCUCUAGCUCAGCUGUUGAACAAACGAACCGGUUUGUAGGACCUGGUUCAUAUGGUCAAACUCGUCACUUGUCUGAAAGGGGAGCUAGUUUUAACACAGAACAUCAGAGCUCUUGUAGUGUGCCGACCCAGAAGAGUGGAGUACUUCCACAAGUUACGAACUUCCGGGCAUCUAGAGAGUCUGAGAUACAAGGAAGUACAGGAAAUAGUCCCAUUGAAAAAGGAGAUGAAACUGCUCAAAGAAAUGGUGUUCUUCCCCUUUUCCCUAUGGCUUCUGCUGCUGAGGAGGGAGCCUCUCAGCCUCAUGACGCAGACCAACCAAGAAGAGUAAUAAAAGUUGUACCCCACAAUCCUAGAUCUGCCUCUGAAUCAGUAGCUCGAAUUUUCCAGUCUAUACAAGAAGAGAGAAAACACCAUGAAUCCACUUAAAAUGUUGAUCAAUCACUGGUAUGUAAAUGUUUCUUGAUUCUUGAACUCACAUGGGAUGAUGUGCUUGGACUUCCUCUGUAUUUUAUUGGGUGUGAUAUUUUCGUGACAUUUUUGUUCUUUCCUCUUGUCGACAUGGUUUAUAUGAACAUAGUCACAUAGAUAUGUCGCUGGAAGGUCACAGGAAGUCGGCGUAACAUGAAAUGCUGUCUCUGUUAGGUAUAUGGCACUUGUUUUUGUACUUUUUCAAUGGCAUUAUUAGAAAACUAAUUUGCAUCCAUUUUGU